AGUCUGUGGAUGGAUCUGACCAGUGGAUUGAUGGAUAUUCAGCUGAUCCCUCAGUAUCCAGUGAUCAAGGAAUCUGUCAUCCUGAGUGUUAUUGGGACCACUGGGAGGAUUAGGUAUUUCGCUUGGUAUAAAGGACCAAACACCAGAGCUGAGUAUCAAUUCCUCAAAUACACUUCUGCUGCUACUUCUCCACUACUUCCUGGACCUGUAUACGUCUCUCGGGCAAGACCUUUCCCUAAUGGAUCAUUACUGAUCACAGAUCUCCAUAUGAUAGAUACUGGUAACUAUAUAAUACGAGUACAGACAGAGAAAUCAGAAGAAAAUACCUCGGUGUCACUGACUGUCUACCAGCACCUGAGAAAACUUCGGGUCACAGCGUCUACUUCCCAUCCCACAGAAAAUGACACAUUCACUCUUACAUGUAACACCAGGAAUGCUGAGAGGAUACUAUGGAGCAGGGACAGUGUCAGUCUCCCCUCUGGGUCCAUCUUGAGAGCAAAUAACAGAACAGUCACUUUCUCCAGGGUUACACGGGGAGACUCAGGAGAGUACCGAUGUGAGAUUGAGAACUCAGCCAGUAAGAGUAUCAGUGAUCCCUACACAGUAACCGUAUACUAUGGCCCAGAUAAUGUGCAAAUUACAGGCGAGUUACUAGUGCAUGUUGGGUCGUACAUCUCAUUGUCAUGUUCUGCCGAUUCUUACCCACCACCCAACUACCAAUGGAUAUUCAAGGACAGCGAUUUAAAUAUAAAACAAAACACGCUGCUACUGUAUAAUGCUUACGAUGAGAGCCAGGGGAUGUAUACCUGUGCGGUGACUAACCCAGCGACACGGCGUAAUGCUACUGCCUCUGUGUACGUGAUUGUUGCAUUAGGUGUUCGUGGAUCCCCUGAUGAGCUCAGUGUUACACAGAUAGCUGGAAUCAUCUUUGGGACAGUCCUGGGAACUGUGCUGAUUGUUAGUGUAACCUUUCUACUGUAUAAGAGAUGUGUCCUUCCUGUGAGAGAGGAGCAGAGAGAAACAUCAAAUGAGAAGCAAGAAUCGCCCUCUGAGUAUUACAAUGUACAGGCUCCUACAGUGUUUAAUCCUGCUAGUCAAGAGAAUACAUAUGUGGGUUUGCAGUACAAGACACAGGACACAUACAGUGAUCUACAGAGAGGAUAUGGAUUCACUGCAUGACUGAUACUCCUGUUAUCAACUUUUCAUAUUCACUGCUUGCUACAGUAUAAUGAACAGUGACAUAUUGUGGAGGAUGAGUACUGUAGGAGACUGACAGCUGCAGAACAUGCUUGUUUAUUAAGCAUAAAAUUGGGCAUCAGGUGCCUUUGCCCAGGGCACGAGGCCGAGAGGGUGACACAGUCUCUGCUCUGACAGUACCUCUUUCCACCUGUCUGCAUGGACAGAAUAAAGCCCUGCUAGCUCCAUGUAUCUCUGCUUCUCCAUGCAUCUCUCCAUUAAGUACUCAAAGUAGCAGUGGGUAGAGCUACAAGUGGUGCAGCAGGUGCAUUGCACCAAGGCCCCUGAGUACUAAUUGGCCCACUGCUGCCCAGACCAGCAAUGCAUUUUCCCCUGGCAUUCUGCCCAACCAUUUUGAGCAAUGACGGAAGAUUGGCACAGUGCAGAGAGCAGAGUGGGCCCCAAUGCCCGAGGAUCCUGUACCCUACUUAGGGAGGCUGGCUGCAUCAGUCUGCCAUCUGAUCUAGAUUAAUAGGGUCCUGCUGCCUAUCACCGCUGAGUGCCAUUGCCACAUACUGCCUCUAAAUCACAGACAGCUGCCUCUAAUUCAUAGCACAGUAUGUGGGACCCCUCUCACAGGCAGAGCAGUGACCAUUCUGUUCCUGCCCCCACUAAAGUAUAUCCCCGUUCUUCACACUGUACAGUGUGUAAUUUUAUCCCUGUCACACUCUGCCUAUCACCAAAAUCUUCUGCCUCUCUCCGUCACCUUCUACCUCUCCCUCCUGCCCACUGCCUCUCCCUGACAACCUCUACUUCUCCCUGUCAGCCACUGCAUAUCCCUGUCAUCCUCUGCCUCACCCUGUCACCAACUGCAUGACCCACUGAUUUCCUGUUAUCCACUGCCUCUCCCUAUCACCCACUGCCUCUCCCCAUCACCCACUGCCUCUCCCCAUCACCCACUGCCUCCUGCUGUCACCCUCUUCCUCUCAAUGUCACCCACUGCCUCUCCAAGUCACCAUCUUCCUGUUCCUGUCACCCAAUGGUGUGUGGCAUAUCAUAAACUUGGGGUGGGGCAGAGGAGAGGGCCCAAAGUCUGUUAUUGCACCUGGGCACAGCAUUCACAAGUUCCACCAUUGCACAGUAUGCACACAGCCUAAUGCUUCCAGGUUCAAGAGGAGCAUCAGAAACAUGCUCAGUGAUAUGUGUAGGGCAGUGGUUCCCAAACUGUGAGCCUAGGCGCCAUGGGGUGCCUCGGGACACUUGCAGGGGUGCCUUGGAUGGGUGGUUCAGGACCGAUUCAAAUUAUUUAUGAUUAAUGUAAUAGGCAAAACCAGUGCUGGUGGCUGCCAAUCAUAGAAUAUGUGGACAAACACAAGAAUAUCCUGUCCCUCACCACAUAACUGACCCUAAGGAUGACAUAUAAACCCAAUUUACUUCAUUUAAUAUUUCUUUCUAAACCUCUCAAAAAGAAAAUUUGGCCUAGGGGUGCCGUGAAAAAAAAUCUGAUAC